AUGUUGUGCGGUAUUCAGCAAACUUCACCUCACCACCACACCUUCCUCCGCAGUUUCCGGAGCCACAAGAGCCUUCGGCAGGAGAAGGAAAGCAUUCACACCGAGCACAGCGGCAGCAGUAGCAGCGAGAACGACAUGCAUCGCCCACACAGGCACCGCCCAAGCGACGCGAGCUCGAUGGCCCGUCCGUCGUUUGACUCUACCAUCUCCCGCAAGACGGAUCUGUCUAUCGAUUGGGACCCUCUUCGCCUCCACCCAUCACUUGCUCCCGGCCCGGUCCCGCCUCUCAGAGACAUCGUCGCCAGCGAGAACGCUACUAGGCGGCAUCAACCACAGGAGCUACGACACGACCAAUCCAGCCAGGCUGUCCGCGCCCGUCACCAAGGUGCUUCCUCUCGUUCUCUCGCCACUUCAACCCACAGCACAGUCAUCUACGGCGGCUUCGACUUCGGGUUUGACACCACCCCGACGCCUGCCGUUGCGACCACGACAACCACCACCAACAAGAUGGCCCUUGCUACUCACCCUGGUGGUGGCAUGACCAAGUCCACCAGCACCAGCAUGGACAACCACAGAGCCCCCUCACCCACUCCUAGUGACGCCAGCAGCGAGUUCAGUCUCAGCCCGUCUGAUGACUGGGGCGUGAUCGAGGACGACGAUGCGGCUCUUGGCUUUGGCUUGGCGCCUCCGCCUGCACCUCGCGCGAGGCCGAGGCCGAGGCCGAACCUGGACAGCAGCGAUUCUGACUCGGUUGAGUACUUCCUCCGCCGGGGCGGUUGGAAGAGGAGGGGCAUUGUCUUUGUCGAUGCCCGGAACGCAUUGGAAGGUGAAGAUGAGACGUGGGAGAUCUAA